UCUCUGGAGCGAGAACGUGCCACCCACGCACCACCAUCCGCACCUGCUCUUUUUUUCCACCGAUAUUCUAACAAAAUGUAGGGAUUUUCGAAAUCCCUGCUCUGAUCCCGUCGGGAAAUCGAAUAAAUUGUGGGAUUUUCGAAAAUCUUACAGGAAACUCUUUGUGUGCACUUCCGGAAACUUUGGUGUCGUGAUUUUUGUGCCACCAGCGGUAACCGGAAAGAGGAAGCAUGUUUUGCAUAGUACUCGGUUAUGGUGUGAAGCUACAUAAUUAAAGUAUGUGGUGGCUGCUGCUGUCACUGGUGUGGUGGUGCGGAACUUGUGCCAUUCCGUCUCCAGGCCCGGAAGUUUGGAAAUGUCCGAAAAUUUCAGAGCAGCCUGUAGUAGAAUGCAGCUGCGACAUGCCUCACACUUUGCGCUGCACUGGCGAUAAAUCAGCAAUGUCAAUCAUAGCAAAAACACUGCGAUUGCACAACGCCGAUGAUGUCUCUCUUUUGGACUGCACAGUUCAAAAUGUGAGCGCCAUUUCCGGUCCUUUACUCGAAGGAAUUUCCCUGCAUGGUUUAGUCAUAUCUUCUGGGGAAAUUAGAGACAUUGACGAGUCGGCAUUUAAGAGAUUAACAGCACCCUUGCAAGCUUUAGGAUUGCCCAACAAUAAACUAACAACAGUACCAACUCAAGCGCUGAAACCUCUACCGGAACUCGACAGACUGGAUUUGUCCAGUAACAAGUUAAAAAGUUUGGAAGCCAACUCUUUCAAAGGCUUGAGAAACUUGUCGUUUAUUGAUUUAAGUGACAACAUGUUGACGAAAAUAGUGCCAAAUACUUUCGACGAUCUUCCGCAACUGAAGAUAUUGAGACUGAGAGGGAAUCGCCUCACUAUACAAACUAUUUCGAAAUUGAACCCUCUUCGAACUGUCGAAGAAAUUGAUUUAUCAGGGAAUAACUUAGUCGGACCUUUGGGUCCAAAAACUUUUCCUAAAAUGGAGAAUUUACGAGAUAUCCAAUUGUCGCAUAAUUCACUCAGUAGUAUUAAAAUGGGGGCAUUGCAAGGCUUAAAUAAACUGACUUCACUGUCGUUGCAACACAAUCAGAUUGACGUUCUUGAAGAUCACGCUUUUAGUCAUUUGACAUCUUUAGUUAGUCUAGUGUUGGCCCACAAUAGGAUUGUUGCAGUUUCUGGAGCUUCUUUAGCUCAUUUAAACAAACUGACAGAUUUAGAUUUGAGAUUUAAUUUUCUUCGUGCCUUGACUGCAGACUUAAUUUUGCCUCUGAAAAGUCUGAAAAAUUUGAAACUUGACGAUAAUGAUAUUUCCAUGGUGGCAAGCGACGCUUUAAAAGAUACCACAAUCCUAAAACACUUGACUUUAUCUGAAAAUCCCCUCAACUGUGACUGCAGUCUUACAGAAUUUGCAAUUUGGUUGAGUAAUUCAAGUUUGCCAACUGAAGAUAAAGCGAGUGCUGUCUGCACUACUCCACCUUCUCUCGAAAAUGGAUUAUUAAUAGAAGUUCCUUUGGAAUAUCUUUUGUGUGGAGAAGAUGAACAAGAGACUUUAAUGGGACCUUUAUAUCCCCCAUACAAAACUAAAAUUAACUUAAAUUCAUUCAAAUAUGAUGGCGAGACAAUUAAACUUCAAUGGAAUAUUGAAGAUGAAGCUUCUACCUACAUUUGUGAUGCAAUAAUUGUAUAUGAAGAAGACGGCGAUAGUGAAGUUCUGGUCGAGUCUAAUCCCUUAAAAUGCAACUCAUCACAUCUCCCAAACCCAAAAACAUUAAAUGUGACAGUACCUACCACCAUACAACUGCAACAAGAACACAGAUAUAGAUACUGCGUUGUCCUUUUCGAAUCAGGCCAAACCGACGAUUCUUCCCUUAUUUUGGGAUGUUCAGACAUUAUUCCCUUAAUCCGGAAUACUGAAAUCCAGCCCCAACCUCAACACAAUAUAAAAUACCCCAAAGUUUUAGCUAUUCAGGCUAAUUUAACCAACUAUGGAAGUCUAUCAAUAAAUGUGAAAAUCUAUCCACAGGUGAAAUGUGAACUGAAUGUGGCAAUUUUAGAACAGAGCUCUUUGUUAUCACAAAGAAAAAUAAAUUGUAGUGAUCCUAAGUACGUGUUUGUGGGAUUAGAUGAAGGACCUUAUAGAGUGUGUGCUAAUGUUAUAAGACCUGGACCAGCUAUUGACGCAACUAAAUCCAGGUGUGUGACAGUUUUUCGAAAAGAACUUCACGGUUUUACAACUUUAGAUAUUGUUUUCGUUUCUGUGUUUUUCGUGUUAUGUUUUAUUGUGAUAGCGUUAAUAUGGGGAGUAAGGAGAGUUUUAUUGAAACCUAAAAUACAGACUCAUCAAUGUUUUAUGCCGCCUGAAGGUGAAGAGCAACAGCAUAAUAGAUACGUUAAGCUUCAAGCUACUACUAAAUUUUGUCUACUUGGCAGUUUAUUUAAAAUGUUUCUUUAUUCGAUACUAAUUCUUGUGGUAUCUUCUUAUACCGACGCAAGGUUUUAUAAUACCAAUAUUACAGAUUUUUCCAAGUGCAAAAUUUAUUAUUCGCGAUCUGGAAGCGUCUAUAAAGACUUCUUUGAAAUAAAUGAAGAACCUCAAAAUGGCAGUCUUUUAGAUUUUCAUUUCUCGGUAAUGUCUCCCAGUGAUGCUCAUAUUCUUCUAGCACCAUCAAGUAAUUUGCAAAAAGAUGAUCCUGUUUAUGAAGUAGUGAUCGGAGCAGGGGGUAAUACGUUUUGCGACAUACGUAGAAUGCAAAAAUCGGGCGUCAAAGCCACAGUCAGGGUUAAGGGGUUGUUGACUGCGUUAGACCCACAAUCUUUUUGGAUUCAUAUAAGUAAAGAUGGAGUAAUUGAAGUGGGAAAAGAAGGCGAAGAACUGGGAUUUUUAUCAUGGAUUGAUCCAGAUCCACUACCUUUAAAAGUUUUCAGUUUUAGUACUUGGCCUGGAAUUGAGGCAAAAUGGUAUUUUGAUUGUCCGCAUGAUAAAAACGGCACCGAAAAUUCCAAGAUGAUUCAAAAAUCUUUAACACCAUUAGAAAAAUUGAGACAAGAUCUCCUCUUUUAUUACGAUCCUUACGUUCGACCCGUUAAAAAUGUAACCACAAUCACUAGUGUCGGACUGAAGCUAGGAACAAAUAUUGUGACUCUGAACGAGUAUAAAUCCGUUUUACAAUACAGCGGAACGAUUUCAUUGACCUGGCGCGAUGAGAAAUUACUUUGGAACACCUCUGAGUAUGGAGAUAUUAACACCCUUCACAUUUUUCGUCGGGAAAUAUGGAUCCCAGAAUUAUUUCUCUUCAAUGCGGUUGCUGAUCACGGCGAAUUGUUAGAAGACACAAUGCUAACAGUGAACGCAAGCGGAAACGUCAAAUGGGUCACAACAAUUAACAUCAAUUCCUGGUGUAGUCCUGACGAUCUUGGCCGAUGGCCAAGGGAUGAACACCAAUGUGAUAUCGUUUUAGGUUUCUUCAACGAAUUCCAGAACCUGCAACUGGUUUUUAAUGCAAAUGAAAGCACAUUUGUAUGA